AUGUUCGGCCUCCAUCAUCAAGAGGCGGCGGGAGGCCUGCACGCACAGCCUCGUGGGCCGGUCACCUCACUCAAAGAGGAACCGCUUACCAGAGCUUGGAUGACGCCAACUUCCUUAGUUGACAAUACCAAUAGCGUGGGCGUGGGCCGAGCACAUUUCGAGAAGCAGCCGCCCAGUAACCUGCGCAAGAGCAACUUCUUCCAUUUCGUCGUGGCAUUAUACGAUAGAGCGGGACAGCCUGUCGAGAUUGAACGCACCGCGUUCAUUGGUUUCAUAGAAAAAGAUCAGGAAGCUGAAGGACAGAAGACAAACAAUGGCAUCCAAUAUAGACUGCAGUUACUUUAUGCUAAUGGUAUCAGACAAGAGCAAGAUAUUUUUGUUCGUCUCAUCGAUUCGGUGACGAAACAGCUGCGGCAAGUUGAAGCCUUGUAA